CCGCCAAAUUUAAAUUGUGGAAUGAAUGAAUCAUUGAAUAACCGAGCGUAGUGUAAGAAUCAAGACUAUGGAUUACUCAGAUGCUAGAUCAAGACUGCAUUAUGUCACUGAACUGCUUCAAGAUCUUCGCCAUUAUCACCAUACAAACACCCAUGCCUGCUCUUGUGAUGUAUGCUGUAAGAAACAAGCCCUUUUGAGAAGUAGCAUUGCUCGAGCCCUAGAGGAAGUAUGUGCAGUGAGACUGACCCUAGAAAACAAUCAUGCCAGUGCUGGCGUUAAUACAUAUGAAUUAAACAAUGAAGCUGCUGCUUCUUUAAGUUUGAAUACAUCACAAAGACAAUCUUCUUUUGUGCAUCCUGAUGUGGAAAGACCAGAAGCCAAACAUGGCUCUAAUUUAAACUCCACAAAUAUCACAGCCAAUUUCUAUCCCAACACGUGCCGGGAAAAGAAUGGUCAAGUGAAUGCAGAAGAGAAUGAAUCCAGCCCAUUGCUUUGUAGCACACAAAGAGAUUCUGGGCUGCAUUCAUCUUUAAAUUCCCAGUCAAUUUCACCAAUAUUGAAUAGUGAAGAAUUACAAGCCAAGGAAAUGCAUUCUCCACAUCAGAAUUUGUAUUGCAAAACCCCUAACCAUAAUGUUAGCGGAACAUUUGACAGCAAUGGUAGUAACAAUCACUCAGCUAGGCAUCACCUCCCACCAUUUUCCCUGAAUGGUAGGCCUGAUAGCAGUCACCUCGGUCCAGCCAAUGUUCCGACUAAUUUUUACCAACCUGCUGUUGCAACACCACCAUUCCCCAACCCAUUCAGAAGUCCUUCCUGCUUUCAGCAACCAAGCUACCCCACUUCUCCGUGGCCUAAUUUUGAGCCAGGUACUCCAUCAGCCAUGGCUCACAGUAACUGGAUGCCAAAUAUGUUUUUGCCUUUCCCGUUCAUGCCCUUUCUGCCUUCACCCAACUUUGUGCAGGAGCUAGAAAAAUGUCGUAGGUUCUCUGAGAAUUUUUUCAUCAAUUCUAACAUGACCCCACCUGAGAAUCAAAAUGACAGAAAAAACCAGACUUUUUCAAGUUAUAUUAAUACACCUACAACACCAAUGGACUUUAGGAAUAGUUAUAACCCACACGCCUUUACACCAUCCACAAUGACUGAAAAUACUCCAUGUGUAAACAGGGAUUAUAUCCAUCAACAAACAAAGUAUCCUUCGUCUGUAACACAAGUCGAUAAGGUCAUUAUGCAUAACAAUGUAGAUGUGAAUUCAGAUAAGAAAGAAGAUAUCAAACUGGAGGACAAUACCAGUCUCAUAUUGAAACCAAAUAGCCAUCAGGAUAUUCAAACUGAGGUGGCUUUAAGCAUAAAUGGUCUCGAAGGAGGAAUGUCUAAGAUGGGACUUAAUGAUAUUAGAAACAGUGUGCCUGCAGUGGAAGAAAUAAAAACAGAUAGUUGUUUUAGUGAUAGGCUAGACCAUGCCGAAAAUGAAGACAUUGAUGGUUUGGAUGAUGUUAAGCAUCUUUCAGGAGAUGAAGCUAUCUGUACUUUAAAUAAAAGUACAGCUGGGUUGUACGAAGCAGACAGCCUUGAUUGCUCCAAGGAUUCAAUGCGGAAGCAAUGUCAAAUUAAGGAUAUUAUUAAAGAGCUAAUGUCUUUAGAGACAGAAGACGAAGGGUCUCUUUAUUCUAGUGAAGAACAGUCGGACUCCGGUGGUGAAGAUUUGGACACUUCUUGGAAUUCAGAUGCAAAUAAAGGUAAUGAUAGGCUUACAGAAGUAGAAAACAUCAACGAUGUUAUCUCUUCAGAUGAUGAGAUACUUGUAAACACUUCAGCUACAGCUUUACAAGUGAUACAAAACUGUGAUGUUGAUGCAAUUCACAAUGGGCAGGUAGAAAAGGGAUGCACUGGUAAUACGUGUAAGCAGGUAGGAUCUUAUUUGUUAGAAGCUGAAGAAUCCCAACAUGAGAAAAUGGCUGAUUCAGGAAAACAAGAUGCAGAGAAAGUAAUUAAACAAACUACCUCAUACAAGAGUGUAAAUAGAGUAAAAGGCUCAAAAUCUCUAUCAGUGAGUCCUAAACUUCAUCAAAGAACUUCUGUUGAAAAAAGAGUAGGAAAUCCAGGAAACGGUAAUACAUUCAGCCAGUCUUAUGAAAUGCCAGUUAAUAAGAGCAUCAGAAAAACAUCAGCUACCAAAGCAGAAAUACAUGUUGCAACUUCCAAACUUAAGUGCGUGUCAAAUGUUGAGCUGUCUCCAAAAGCUAUUACUAACAAAUCCCCACCAAUAGCUAGUCCACAGAACAGGAAUUCUAAGGUUAGAAAUGCUGACAACAAAGAGAAUACAACUUCUACUGUGAAAGUGAGCCCAAAGAAAUCCAGAUCACCUGUUUUGAGUCCAAGUGUCAACCCCUCAAACCGAAACAACAACACAACUAUCAGUAACCAUUCACCUAAGCUACAAACACAAGCUAAAAAUUCUGAUGUGAAAAAAAUUUCUCUGGGUGCUAAGAAAGCUGAUUUAUCUAAAGCCCAUAGUGGGAACUCAGUUGCUUGUGUUUCUCCGGUCAUCUCUUUAGGAAAGGCUACUGAUAGCGUAAAAGUUCAGGGGUUAAAUGUUCAACAAGGCAGAGAGAAUCUAAAGUUAACCAAACCACUGACUGUUGAUAAAAGGAUGGAGAAAAUAAAUUCUCUGCCAACUAUCACUAAAUCUGUGCAGUGGGGCGCGCCAGCUGAAGAUUAUUAUCAUAUCUCAACAGAAGCUAAAAACACAAAGAACAUUUCAAUAUCAGAAUCAAAGAAGAUUUCAUGGCUAGAAGGAGAUAUAUUAACAUCUUCAGACUCCCCAAAUCUCCAUGUGCUACCAAAAAAAGAUGACUUGACAUGCGAUCCUCUUCUUUCUCAAAAAACUACAAACAUUUCUACUCCAUCAAGUGGUAAAAAAUUAUUAAUCAGCAGGGCCAAGACAGAAGGCUAUAUAAAAGGGUCACUGAAAGAUAAAACAAGACCUUCAACUCAAGUUGGAAAAAGUACAAAAUCCAACUCAGUGCUUCACCAGACCUUGCCAGUGUAUGGCUCUGAACAAAGCGAGCAGAGAAUUUCUCAUACUCCAUUCAGUGAAUCUUUUGAGGCUAAUCAGUCUUUUCCUAAGAUGGCAAAAACUCUCCCAACUGUACCAGAUAAAAACUCAGUCAGGUUGUCCACCCCUGCUGGGCAAGAUGUUGUUACAAAUUUGCACCAAAUAUCAACACCUAAGCCUGAGUUAACACCUCGUAAUCGUCGAUCCAUAUAUGGACUAUCACCCCCUGACACCCAACUUGCACAGAAGAAUCAAGAUAAAAGCUAUGACAAAGGUCGUGAUGUCAGUGAUGAGGACAGUUCUUUCACCAGGAACAAGUCUCUGUGUGAUCCUUCAGCAGAUGGUUACCUAGAUAUGCUUUGGGCACAGCUGGAUGUGUUAGCUGAAAUUGGGCAAGUGCCGACACUUCAAGAGGUGCUGUUCAACUGUGUGACCAGCCUCAUCUGUGUUGUUGAUCCUCAUCAUGGAGGAAAGAUUGUCACCCUAAAUGAAUCCUUCCAGUACUUUAUCGGUUUUCAUGAAAAAAUCGUCGGCCAAAGACUUUUCAGAUUCAUCAAGAUCAAGGAUCCACUUGAUAACCUGGGAGUUUUAUUACCUCAGCCAUUUGUGUUUGCUGAUGGGAGAUCAGCUUUAGUCUGUGGCAAGCUAGUGUCGUGUAUUAAUGGAAAAGGUGAAGAAGUUCCAGUUUCUAUUUGGACAGUACCAUACGCCCCACAGCCAAAAUUGACUCUGUGUGUCAUGGGCAACAUAGAAACUCUAUCAGCUGAUGUGUACCUCAAUGACAUGGGUCAUGUUUUAUUAUACUCUCCAUCCUUUGAAGAUUUUAUUGGUGUAUCAGAUAUCUUCAACCAAAACACUGAAGAUCCUAUAUGUCAAAUAACAGAUGUUGAUUUCUCUAAGAUCAAUACUCCACAGCGCACAACACUUGAAGCAUUAAACUGCUGCAGGAUUCCUGUCACUGUUGUCCUAGCGGAUAGUAAAGAUGAAGUUGUGGUGGAAGGAGAGGAAGCCUCAGACACAAUAUACCCUGCUGCCCUUUCACUUUCUGUAAACAAUUCUGGGCUGGUCUGUGUUCAGGCUGAUGGGCUCAUAGAGUUUUCUGACCAAAACUAUUUCAGGAUCUACCUUGGAUAUGUUGAUAUCACUAAAAGGCAUAUUUCAGAGUUUUUAAUUGAAGUUAUCAGAAUGAGUGAAUUUAAACCUGACGAACCGUCUGCUAGUUCAGAUAUAUCCUGGCCCAUACACGAAAUGAAGAAUACAGAUGUAGAGAUCACAGAUGAUGAAACUGAAGACCUCAUUCUUCCUGCCUCUUGUUUCUUUGAUACAUCAUCUUGGAAGAAGUACUGGGUUAGCAGAGAUUUGGACAACACCUCCAUCUGUGAGACCAGUGUUGUGGUUGAUGAUGUGGAUCAGGAAACAAAAUGCCUGACACUUCCAGUCCCUGCCCUACACCUGGAGCCUCACCAGACUUCCACACCCUGCAAACACAGCUCUUCUUCUGUACAACUUAAAACAGCCGAACCUGAGCAUUCAGUUUCCCAACCAGAAAAGGUUAGAAUAAAAAAUGGAAUUUACAUAGCAAAUCUUUUGCACGCAAACGGAAGUAAAAUUUCUGUAACUGUGAAAUUGGGCAGCAUUCGUACCUCAGCUAAAACUUCCCUUUUCUGCUUGUGGUUCUACGUUGAUGGCCCAGUUGAGGAAGAAGAUUUGCCUUCAGAUGAUGAGAAGGAAGACCUUGAUGAUUCUCAAGAGGAUGAUGUAGCUGAAGCAUCAUGUGAUGAAGAGGAGCUACGUCAUCGUCUAAAGCACCUCCGCUUUGAUCAGUCCAUUGAUAAAACAGUUGAUCCAAGCUUAGGACAGCUUAUAGCAGAGCAGGCUGGGCUAAAUCAAUCCCACAAUGCUAACCCUAGUGAGGAUAUGUUGGAUCUGGAAGCAGCCAUGGCUGGGAAGUUUUCACAGAAGUUCACUGUGUGUGAGGCGCUAGGUCAGGGAAGCUUUGGUUUUGUUCGGAGAGCAAAGUCCAUCAAAUCCAAUAAAUCCUAUGUUGUGAAGUUUAUCAAAAAGAGCAAAAUGUUUGAUGACUCCUGGACUUACGAUAAAAUUGCCCAGAAAAAUGUUAACUUAGAAGUUGCAAUUUUAAAACAGACAGACUAUGAAUACAUUAUCAAAGUGAUUGCUGUCUAUGAAAAUACACACUUUGUUCAAAUGGUGAUGGAAGACUUUGGUGAAAUAGAUUUAUUUGAUUUAAUUGAUCAAAUCAGUAUUGAUGAACCAUUGGCCAGCUAUUUAUUUAGACAAAUCAUAUGGGCUGUUGAGUAUCUUCAUUCUAAAGACAUCAUCCAUCGAGAUAUCAAGGAUGAAAAUGUUGUGGUAAAUUCCGAGUUUCAAUGCAAGCUCAUAGACUUUGGUUCAGCAAUCUUCAUGCUACCCAACGGUAAAAAGUUCACUAAGUUUCGAGGAACAAUGGAAUAUUGUAGCCCAGAGGUUUACAAUGGAGAGGGGUACUAUGGUCCUGAGGUUGACAUGUGGGCUUUGGGUGUUACACUUUAUACCAUUGUGUUCAGGGAAAAUCCAUUUACUGUAGACACAGAGCCAUGCCAACUCUGUCCUGAUGAUCUCCCUUUUGAUGUUUCCCAAGAUUUGAUGACUUUGAUGCUGGGACUCCUCAAGACCAACCCAAAAAGACGUUACACCAUGUUGCAAGCGGUGAGUUCUAAUUGGCUGCGUCAGAUUGUGGACAUGAGUCAGUACAGCUGGGAGACAAUGCUGGGAUACAAAUAUGACCAAGUUGAUGUAGAAAACUGAAGCGUCUUAAAAUAGAUGAUGUGGCCUUGCUUGUAGCUGAAUUAUUUAUGUGUAUUCUUUGAAAUAAUAUUACUUAAGCUAGUCGCUAUUACAAUUGGUGCUGUGACUUAUGUACUUAGAUUAGUGUGUAAUAUAUGUAUGUAUUGGUAUUUAUUUUUACAUUUAACUUGCAUGUGUUUUGUUUUAGUCAUUUAAAAUAAACAUUUUUGUAGCAAUAACAGCUCCAUUCUUUUCUUUGGUGUAUAAAAAAAGAUGGAGCUAAAAAAACUGAGGAUGCAUUUCAGUCAGCGACUUCUAAGUUUGUAUGUUUUUUGACAGGGGUCACAAUUAUUGAAUAUUUAUUUCUUUUCAGGUUAAUCAUUAGAAAUUUUUUUUCAAUUUUUUACUUUAUUUAUUGAAAUGUACAUUUAUGAUAAAAUUGACUUGAAAGUGGCAAGCCUUUACAUAAAACACAGAAACUGAAAACAGACACAGCAGUUAAACAAAUUAUACUUCUUUUUAUAAAUAUCGAUUGUUGAUCAUAUUCAUUUUUCUGUUUUUGUACAAACAUAACAUUUUUUAAUUAUUCAUUUACCUGUACUACUUAUUACACUGAAACUGUUGAAUUACCCAGAUGACAUUUUUUAAUUUAAAAUCUCUAUAUUCUA